AUGGAUGAUCAAUUUUUUCUUCGUCGUGCUGAUAUUUCUGACAUCAAUGCAUUAUCUCAACUUUAUCAAAAGGUUUAUCGAGAAACAUAUGCAGAAGAUUUAUCCAUUCCUUAUCCUGAAAAUGAGCUGGAUGCUUAUUUUUGUUCAUCAGCUAGUCCACAAAGUUUUGCCAAGAAAAUAAUUGAUCCAAAACGAGCUAUUUGGGUAAUAGAAGAUAAACGAAAUGGCGAUCUUAUUGCCUUUGCUUCUGCUGGUCCUUGUAAUGAAAUUCUUCAUCCUGAUGUUUGUUUAAAUAAAGAUGGAGAAAUCAAUCAGUUAUACAUUCAGCGCAAUCAGCAAAAUCAUGGGUUUGGUCAACAGUUGAUGAACGUUGUUUUACCUUGGUUAGAUGAAUACUAUCCUGGACGACCUAUAUGGCUCUCUGUAUGGUUUAAGAAUUACAAAGCACAAAAAUUCUACCGAUAUUAUGGUUUCGAAAAAGCUGGUGAAUCGGAUUUUAAUAUUGGGCAAUGA